AUGGCCGCCGUGAAGCCGCAACCCGCCAUAAUGGAGAAGGAUGAAGAAGCCGAUACGGAUGUUCAUCCACUCCAAUAUGCGUGGAACUUCUAUGUAUUUUCUUACUCCGUCGGAAAAGGAUGGGAAGAUAAUAUGCAGAAAAUAGCCGUUUAUUGGGAGGAACUGUUGAUGCUAAUAAUUGGCAAUGACUGGGAGACUGAAGCCGAAUCCGAGCAAAUCUGUGGAGCUGUCUUUCAACGGCGCGCUAGAGGUCCGAAGAUUAGCCUGUGGACAAGUGACGCCGAGGACGAAGCCACUGUCAUGCGCAUUGGCCGGCGUGUGAAGGAGCGCCUAAAGUUCCCCGACAGACUCGCCUUCCAAACAGUACAACAGCAGCAGAACGUUCCUAAAGGCCGAGACUCUGUCGAAGGGAAGUACUUUGUUUAG